AUGCCCAUGUGCAGAGACAGUCUGGCCCCCCCUUCCCCCAGCCUAGGGGAGAAAAAUGAAAAACCAUCACCCCCUCCAAACAGCCUGAUUCAGCCAGUGCCCACGUGUGGCAGCAGCAGAGGGGUACAACCUUGUCAGGAUGCGGCAAGACCACGCAGGAGGCCACGUUCGGCAGACUCCUCAGAAAACCAGAUCCUGAUCCGAACAAAAGCCAAGGUGCCCCUACAUCACGGGGACCCCAAGAGACUGAGCGGGAUCCAGAGGCAGUCAGUACAAUUCCCCUCUCUGCCACAGACUCACUAUGGGCCUGGGCGCGUCACUCCUCUCCUUCUGCAUUCCUUGGCAGGCCCCCACAACGACCUCCCCAGCCCAGAGGGCCCCUGUUCUCCCCCCUUCCUCUCCCCCGUCCCUGCGCUGCACGAGGCGUUCUGCCAAUUCUCCUCCAACUCAAUUUGUAGCUCUUACCAGGGCUGCUCUCAGAGUAGAAAACCUUUCCUGUCUCCUGGGAAGCUGAGCCAGAACCCAGAACCCCUUCGGGGCUCACCUUGCAAUUCCCAGCACCAGGCGGUUGGGAAAGGGGGCAAGCCGGCCCCCCACCCACACUGCCUCAGCAGCACCCGGCCACCUCCUCCUCUGAACAGCCGCACGGGGGCGGGGUGGGAUGGGGCCACCCCAAGCAAGGCCCUGGACCAGGGCAAAGGCCUCCCUCUCACUCAGGCCUCCGAGGAGCACUGCCGCUGCCAGCAGGCCAAGCACUGGCCAGAGAGCCCUUUGCCGCCAGGGCUGCUUCCAUCCUUGGAGACACAGCCACGGGGCACGGAGGGACAGGAAAAAAGCCUGGCAGAGUGCGGGGGGGGGGGGCUGCGCCCGAACCUCCAGCAGGGGGAGAACAGCGGUGCCCCCCCUCCACUUCCCGGCAUUCGCCUGGCCGAAGACCCCCACCACCUCUGCCCGGCUUGUAGCCAGCCGUUCCCUCCUGGGGGCCACCGCCUGUCUGGAAGUCGUCGUGGGGGAAGGCCUUCUGCACAUGCUCAGGAAACCUUUCGGCCCGGUCGAUCCUCCUCCCCCCCUCCCUCUCCAGCGCCGAGAGUGCCGCGCAGCCUUUCUCCGCCCGCCCGAGGGCGCCCCGGGCCAGGAGGGGCCGCCAGCCCAGCAGGGGCCCGCCGGAGCCCCGAGAAAGCCUCGCCAGGGGCCCAGGAGCCGCCGCCGCCAGGGGCGGAGGCCCGCCGGGCACAGCGCGCCCGCUCCCGCCACCCCCGGGCCUCCUCGUGCCGCGCGCGCCCUUACCGGCUCCCGGGCGCUCCGCUCCGCCGCGCUGCCUUCGCCGCACUGAGCCCCGCCGCCGCCGCCGCGUCACGUGGCGCCCCGGCCUCCGCGCCGCCGGGGCCACCGCGGGGGCGGGCGGGCGGGGGGUGA